CUCCGGGACGCAUGCGCUCCGAUUUGCGCCGGGGGAAUUAAGAGAGAGGGGGAAAAAAAAAGCCCCAACAAAACACGCGCCCCAAACAAAACCGAAGUGCAGGAAAGCGCGCGGCCCUGCAGCCCCGGGGCCGUGGAGGCGCCUCCCGCCUCGCCCGCAUUCCCGGCCGCGGCGUGAUGCGCACGGACUGGCCCGCGACGCCCGGGCCGCCACUGUCCCCGCACCUAGACGCCGGCCCGGUGGCCGCGCCCCAGCCGCGCUCGCUUGCCGCUGCCGCGGCUUUCUCGGAGUCGCCCGGCGCCUGCGGGGCACCUCGCUCUCCAUGGGGCUGCGGGACUGGCUGAGGAUCGUGUGCUGCUACUGCUGCCCGUGCAAGUGCCUGGAGGAGCCCGCCGUGCCCGAGAAGGAGCCGCUGGUCAGGAAGCUUCAAACAAGUCUGGGCCUGGAGGAAGGACCUGUGGCCUGACUGAACACCAGCUUCAACCCCAAAGGAAGCCAAAGAACAAUUGACAACAACCCAUAUUCUUCGUUUGGAGCAACUCUGGCCAGGGAUGACGAGAAGAACCUGUGGAGUAUGCCUCACGAUGUGUCCCACACAGAGGCCGACGACGACAGGAUCCUGUACAAUUUGAUAGUCGUUCGGAAUCAGCAGGCCAAAGAUUCAGAGGAGUGGCAAAAACUCAACUAUGAUAUCUACACCCUGCGACAGAUUCGAAGGGAAGUGAGAAAUAGAUGGAAACGCAUUUUAGAAGAUUUAGGUUUUCAAAGGGAAGCAGAUUCUUUGUUGUCAGUGACGAAACUCAGCACCAUCAGUGAUUCUAAAAACACAAGGAAGGCUCGGGAGAUGUUGUUGAGACUGGCCGAAGAGACCAAUAUUUUCCCAACCAGUUGGGAGCUCUCAGAGAGAUACCUCUUUGUUGUGGACCGUCUCAUUGCACUCGAUGCUGCGGAAGAGUUCUUUAAAAUUGCCAGUCGAACUUACCCCAAGAAGCCUGGGGUCCCAUGCCUGGCAGAUGGCGAGAAGGAAUUGCACUGCCUUCCGUUUCCAAGUCCCUAAAGGAGAGGCUGCGAGGCAAUACUGGAAUUCUUCCACUGGAACUCAACAGCCAACCAAAGUUGGACAAGUGCUAGAGGGCUAGCUAAGAGAAGAAGGAUUCUGGCUCCUACAGAAAUUUAAGGGUUUGAAUGUCUGGUCAUCAUGAGGACUUGACUCUAUGAAAUGUUCAGGUUGCAUUGAAACACCCCAGGGACCUUGCAUCAGCAAGUUGGUCAGCGGGAUAUUUCAUCAUGGGUGAUUAGCUUCCAAGAACUCGUUGCCCCUAUUUUGGUUUUGGUUGUACAAUAAGCUCUAAACACUGGUCCUGCUGGGACAAUGGGAAGUUCUAGUUAAUAAAACAGUAAGAUUCAUAGAACUACCAUUGAACCCAUAUAUGGAUUACCAAUGUUUAAAUAAUUGUUACACAAUACAGGCUAACACCAAAAUAAUACCAGGCAUCACAUGACCUUUCCUUGACUUGGAAGCGCCUACAGAGCCUUGGAGGUGUUUGAGGCCUCAUUCUGAGUAUCUGUUAUGAUGACUCAGAAAUUUAGAUGUACCCAGUAAUAGAAACACCUAGGAGUGCUGCUCAGAAGUGAGUCCCAGAUAGAAUAAUCCCAAGGAGUACUUCUGCAGCUACAUGUAAAAAGCUCUGUCUUCAGUUGUGGCACAAGCAUCUUUGUCCCAACAUUAUUGAGAUCUGGUUACCUCAUUUUUGCAUAUUGCCCAGCCCUGGUCCACAAGCCCUUGAUAUUUUAUCUGGGAUGGCACCUGUUUGACCUCCACUUUCUUCUCUUCUGUUUAAUCUGUCCCCAACUUAUCGGCCGAGAGUGGCACCUGUCCAGGGACCCCCAAGCAGACUUGCAGCUCUAUAGGCAGUGUUGCAUUGAAGGUCCUUGCUGGAGUUUCUUCCUUUCUGAAGAUGAUUUUUCAAACUGGAGCAAUUCUGUCAACACAGCUUGCUUCUAUCCACAGACUGAGCCGUCCAGCUUCCAAAGUGACUUGCCACGUAGGCAAGGAGCUUGCCAUGAAAUCGUGGUUCAUUUUAUUGAAAAGACUUUCAGAGCCUGUAGGAUUUCUCCAUAGAUUGCUGAGAACAAUGGCAAUAUUUUUACUUUUAUAGAUUUUGCUCUUCUGACUUCAAGUUAAAAAGUAACUUGUAUUUUAGUCUGCGCAGGGGAUUGUGACUUGAAAAUUCUCCUAUGCUGACUGGCCCUUUUGGCAGUGAACACAAUGUUUAAGAUGUUUGUUAGAGGAGAUGCGUGUUCUCCAUUUACAAAUGCAUUGCAGACCAAUUUAACUGACAUGUUUCAGGUAAAUUCUUCUUAGUUUAAUAAGUAAACUAAAAGUUUUAUUUUUUAAAAUAAAAAAUAUAUUUUUAUUUUGUUUUAUGUAGUACUUAAUCCCUCUCUCAUGUUGUUGAAAAUUAGCCUGAAGGUAUUUUUCCUCACGUCUGUGGGCUCUUGCAAGAUAAACAUACAAACAGUGAAACAAACAAUAAAUUAAACCAAAAAAAAAAAAAAAACUUGGAAAAUUAUAUUAUUUUCAUCUU